AUGAAAGCGCACGUCUUUGGUAAUAGUCCUUCACCAGCGGUCGCCGCAUACGGUCUUAAAAAGAGCGCAGAUGAGAUUAACGUUGACAAAGAUGUGAAAGACUUCGUUAAUCACAACUUCUAUGUAGACGAUGGUUUGGUAUCCUCUGAGUCAGAAACAGAAAUCAUUAGUCUGCUUCAAAGGACGCAAACCGCUCUUCAACAUGGUGGAAACUUAAGACUCCACAAGUUUAUCGCUAACAGCCCAGCUAUUAUGAAGGCUUUUUCUACAGACGAUUUGGGGAAAGAGGUGAAAACUUUGCAUUUGGAUAGAGACGAUCUUCCCACUCACAGAAGUUUAGGUCUCCUAUGGGACUUGAAUACUGACAAUGUCAUGUUUGAUUUUCAACCUAAGGAACCUCAGUCAACCCGUCGAGGAAUCUUAUCCGUUUAA